AUGCCCUCUGUUGCUCCCAUCAUCCCUUCGAGUUCUCUGUCGCCAACACCAAGCUUCGGCAUGGCUGAGCCUCGCGUUUUCAAGGGCCGCGAGGAGGAGGUGACAAUGGAGGAGCUCGCCAAUCCGGGCGAUGCCGCCUGCCGGUGCACGACCUACCGUCACCGAGCCCAAGAAGCGCAAGGCAGGCCGUCCCCGAAGGAAAGCAGAGCCGCCAAAAAGCUCAAACAGGCUGUCAACCCUGAGGCUGCCGUUGAGUCUUCGCAGAGUGUGCCCACAUCGGCCGAGAACUCGUCGGCCUUGUACGACGGUACUUCAGAGUCCCCCUCGCCCACUUACCGGAAGACCACUAGGAUUGGUAAGAACACCAAGGCUAUGCCCAACCGGGAACUUGCGCCUGUGGCUUAUAUGCAGCCAUCUGCUCGAGAGUUGAUUCAGAAUGGGACUAGCACCGACUUACACGAGGGCAACUAUGAUGUGAAGAAAGACCUUGCCCCGGAGCCUGUCUCAGUUCCUAAGAAGCGUGGCCGCCCGCGAAAGACUCAGAUUCCUACCCCGGUCAACACAACCGACAAAGGCAAGUCUAUCGAAAUUCGACGCCGGGAUGCUUCAGCUCGUCUCCUGAUCCUACUCGCCAAGCAACAAGUAGAAACUGACCAAUAUGGGUUGAUAGACUCAGUCCGAGCCGCCCGCGUCACGACUCGCAAUAGUCUUGAGAAAGCCCCUGUGCCCAAAACUACUCCUGCCAAAGCUGCUCCGGCCAAGAAGGUAUUCAUAUCCCAGUCAUCGACGUAG